UCUAUGCCAGGAUCUUCUUUCUCCUUUUUCAGAAAUUGCGAUCUUCCGUUGUCGCUAUUUUCUCUGCUGGUGGCUCAAUCCGGCACCUCAACUGAGCGCUUGAUUUCUCGUACGAUUAUUUCUGUGUUCUUAUCGAUAAGUCGGCGAUUUAAAGGCUGUUUCUUUUGGAAUCUACUCUGUCGCGGGGGCCCGAUUCUGGAUCUUUAUUUGACUGCAAAUUAAGAGAUGCGGCGUACGAAAAAUGAGAGUGAAGACAAUAUACCUUCAAAAGAUCAAAUAUUAUCACCAUUGGCAGAUGAAGAUAGUGGUGGGAAUGCUAACGGUAUUGUUCUUAAGAAAGGACCAUGGACGUCUGCUGAAGAUGCAAUUUUGGUAGAUUAUGUAAAGAAACAUGGGGAGGGGAAUUGGAAUGCUGUUCAGAAGCAUUCUGGACUUUCUCGUUGUGGGAAGAGCUGCCGAUUGCGAUGGGCCAAUCACCUCAGACCAAACUUGAAAAAAGGAGCAUUCACUGCGGAGGAAGAGCAGCUGAUAAUUGAACUGCACGCUAAAAUGGGAAACAAAUGGGCACGCAUGGCAGCCCAUUUGCCUGGACGUACAGAUAAUGAAAUUAAGAAUUACUGGAAUACUCGAAUUAAGAGGCGGCAGCGGGCUGGUCUACCUCUGUAUCCCCCUGAAGUGUGUUUGCGUGCAUGGCAGGCUAGUCAGCAGACCCAAGACACAGGUGGAAGUAAUAUUGGAGAUAAAGAUCGUCAUGAUCUUCUUCGGGCUAAUAGUUAUGAUAUAAUACCGGAUGUCACAUUUCAGAGCUUGAAGCAUCAAGCCGUUCCCACCUUCUCUUAUCUCAACGAGCUUCCAGAUAUUUCAAGUUGUAUGAUGAAAAGAGGUCUUGAUUCUUCUCAAUACUGUAAUUUCAUGCAAUCAACAGCGCAUCGUCAAAAGCGUUUCCGGGAAUCGACGUCCUUAUUCCCUGGUCCCGAUGGUAGUGUUAAAACCCCAUUCCACCAGUUUGAGGAUAAUUCCUAUGAUCAAGUUGCUCAGUCAUAUGGGUCGCCUUUUCCUCUUGAUCCAAACCCUACCAGUAAGAAUGCCAUGUCCUUUGGCUCGUUUGAGGGUAGCCAUUCCCUUACAAAUGGCAAUUCCUCUGCUUCUCAGCACUCGAAAGAGACAGAGAAGUUGGAGCUCCCUUCACUCCAAUAUACAGAAACUGAUUUAAGCAGUUGGGACCCACCCAUCCCACCGGGAAUGUUUGAACCAGUUGAUCCGUUUAUUCAAUCUCCACCAACAUUCAUGUUGGGAUCAGAUUGCCCUUCACCACGCAAUAGUGGCUUGCUAGAAGCUUUAAUAUAUGAAUCUAAGACAAUAGGUUGUCCAAAGAAUCAUCCAUCUGAUAAGAAUUCAAAUUCAUGCAGUGUUACUCCAGGUGAUGUAACUGAUAGUUACAAUAUGACUGCGAGUAAGGCAGAAUUGGAUGACUAUACCGAGGCCGCUUCUCCAUUCGGUCAUUCUACCUCCUCGCUUUUCAGUGAGUGCACACCAAUCAGUGCGACUGGAAGUUCAUACGACGAUCCUACACUUACUGAAGCCUUUUCUGGAAGUAACGUGAAAUCAGAACCAGUUGAUCACACAUGGACCCCAGAUAGAGAAAAAGAGGCCAAAAGCGCUCUUGAAUUCCCACGUCCAGAUGCCUUGCUCGCUUCGGAUUGGCCGGAGCGGAGUUCAGGAUUUGUGAAGGACACAACCAAUAUGACCGAUACUAUCACAAUGCUUCUAGGUGAUGAUUUGGCUGCAGACUACAAGCACUUACCGAAUGGGAUUUCAACGUCGCAUUCGGGAUGGGGUCUUGAUUCUUGUUCAUGGAAUAACAUGCCAGCAGUGUGUCAAAUGGCUGAUCUUCCUUAAUCUCUCAGCAGUUGUUCAAAAUGAAAGAGCUGAAAACUGUCUCUUUGGUUUACACGUCAUCGACUUGUAAGAGGAAGACGGUUUCUCGGCUGCUUAGUCGACCAGGGGAGGUUAGUUAUUCUGGUCCUUUUUCGGUAGAUUUUGAUUCCCUGUUUGUUCAACAGAAAAAAAAAAACAAGAUCAUUGUAUGUGGAACUGUUUAGGUUUGUAAUGGGCACAAUGGAGUGCUUUCUAAGAUGACUGUGUAAUAACUUUGAACUUUGUCAUGGUUUGUCAUGGAACAUUGGGAUUCAAUGGUCUAUUCGUUUCUUCAAA